AUGACCCCGAUGAGAAUCCACAUUCAGGUCGAAAUAUUUGCUGAGAGUGUCCUCAAGUUGGUCCUAGGCACCCCUAACAGCUCCGAUGGGCCAGUCAACUGGGACAUUCACAGCAGAGCAUUGGCCGCCCUUCUACGCUCCCGCGGCCGGAAACAGUUCAAGACCAAGACAGGUCGCCAACUCUUCCAACUCGCGUAUAACUACAUUCAAAUCCAGUCUUUCCAACCCGAAAUAGGACCACCCCCGGAGGCGGAAGAGUGGCUACAAAUUGUUCAAUCAGAGCUUGAUGCGAAUGAUUUCAUAUACUUAAAAUCGUUCUGUUAUGGCAACGAGGCCUCUCGCAUCUGCAAGGACGCAAAACUUUUCUUUGAACUGGCAUGUUCUACAGAGGAGAAGCUUACUGCGAUAGAGAAUGCAUUUCAAUCCUACUAUGACAUCAAGACAUCGAUACACAGUGCCUCGGAAGCCCUUGUCGGUUCCCAUUCCUCGGACACAACCACAAUUCUCGCAACAAAGAAACGGAGCAUCAUCCCGCUUCUGGGCAUUCAAAAUCACCUCGACGCCUUCAGCCAGACAUUUCCAACGAAGCAACCACACGAGUAG